CACCGCUUGCUGGGGAGAAGACGACGAGACGAGCCGACCCGCCGGAGCCUGUGACAUUUAUCGACGCGGCCCGACGGAGGAAGGAACGCGGUUCUGGGGGAAUCCAGGCGGCGGUAGAGGCGAGGAGGCGCGGACGCAGCAGCAGCACAUUUCCCCCCUCGUGGUGUCCUAUUUCGUCGGUGAAGGAACGUGCAGACAGGCUGCCUCCCACUAAGCUAUGGAAUGCUCCCUGCACCCACCAUCACUAGUCUCCAAUCUUUGGACUGAGCUCCAAACGCUUAGUUAGCGGCUGUGCUUCUCCCCUCGAACUCUUUACACCCAGGGGACGAAGAAACGGAGCCGGCUUUCCAAGUCCUCCGCUACAAACGCACGGAGCACUUUCUUUUUUCUGAGAAUAUCUCAGCUAUCUUUUUUUUUUCUCCGCUUGGAUUUUUUCCCGCUGAAAUCCUUUCAAGAUGGAUAUGGAUUCGUACCUGUGGAUGGUGAUCCUCGGCUUCAUCAUUGCCUUCGUCCUGGCCUUUUCGGUGGGCGCCAAUGAUGUGGCCAAUUCCUUCGGCACGGCGGUGGGGUCCGGUGUGGUCACGCUGAAGCAGGCCUGCAUCCUGGCGUCCAUCUUCGAGACACUGGGCUCGAUGCUGCUGGGAGCCAAGGUGGGCGAGACGAUCCGGAAGGGCAUCAUAGACGUGAGCCUGUACAACGAGACGGUGCCGGUGCUCAUGGCCGGAGAGGUCAGCGCCAUGGUCGGGUCGGCGGUCUGGCAGCUAAUCGCCUCCUUCCUCAAACUGCCCAUCUCUGGGACUCACUGCAUUGUUGGCGCCACCAUCGGCUUCUCCAUGGUGGCCAUCGGCACCAGAGGCGUCCAGUGGAUGCAGCUCGUCAAGAUCGUGUCGUCAUGGUUCAUCUCCCCCCUGCUCUCUGGGCUCAUGUCUGGAGGCCUCUUCCUGCUCAUCAGACACUUCAUCCUCAACAAGGAGGACUCUGUCCCCAACGGCCUGCGAGCGCUGCCUCUCUUCUACGCCACCACCAUCGGGAUCAACACGUUUUCCAUCAUGUACACCGGAGCGCCGUUGCUGGGGCUGGAGAUGCUGCCGGUGUGGUCCAUCUUUCUCAUAACGUUAGCCGGGUCGUUGGUGUGUGCAGCGAUCGUCUGGUUCAUCGUGUGUCCCUGGAUGAGGAGGAAAAUAGCAAGUCGUCUAAAGAAGGAGCAGGCUCUGUCCAGGAUUUCAGACGAGAGCCUGGACAAGAUACCGGAGGAGGAGGAGGAGAGUCCCGUCUUCAAGGAGCUUCCAGGAGCCAAGGGAACCGAUGAGGCCGUGUUGCCGCUCACCGGCGGCAGCAGUGACCGAGGGACCCGCACCUCCAGUGGAGAGCUCAACAACCUGGCUAACGGAGGCACCGUCCUGCCAAACGGCAGGGCGUAUGGUCGGACCCACUCGAUGACCAACGGCUGCCUCAAGUCGCCCGUCUCUAACGGCAGCUUCAGCUUCGAUGGCCACAUGCGCAGCGAUGGCCAGGUGUACCACACGGUGCACAAGGACUCUGGUCUCUACAAGGACCUGCUUCACAAGAUCCACCUGGGCCGCAUGGACGACAGCGACCGCUCGGGCACCAACGCCGGGCCGCCCGACAACAACUACCGCCUGCUGCGCCGCAACAACAGCUACACCUGCUACACGGCGGCCAUAUGCGGCAUGCCCGUCCAGCCGCUCGUACGCGCAGAGUCGCGUGACGACAGUGAGAAGCUGGUGGGUGAGGGGGGGGGCGGCAGGAGCAACAGCGUGUCCUACACCAAGAAGAGGAUUCGCUACGACAGCUACUCGUCGUACUGCAACGCCGUGGCCGAGGCCGAGAUCGAGGCCGAGGAGGGCGGGGUGGAGAUGAAGCUGGCCACGGAGCUGGAGGGGGUGGAGGAGGAGGGGGGGGCCCCGGCUCCUAUGCCUCUGGACGACCUGGCCGAGGAGGAUCACGAGGAGAAGGACAAACCUGAGGUGUUCCAGCUUUUCCACUUCCUGCAGAUCCUCACCGCCUGCUUCGGGUCCUUCGCCCACGGAGGCAACGAUGUCAGUAAUGCCAUCGGGCCCCUGGUGGCGCUGUGGAUGAUCUACGACCAGGGCGGCGUGAUGCAGGAUGCUGCCACGCCCAUCUGGCUGCUGCUGUACGGGGGCGUGGGCAUCUGCGCCGGGCUGUGGGUGUGGGGCCGCCGCGUCAUCCAGACGAUGGGGAAGGACCUGACUCCCAUCACCCCCUCAAGUGGAUUCACUAUUGAACUGGCUUCCGCACUCACAGUCGUGUUCGCUUCCAAUAUCGGAAUCCCUGUCAGUACCACACACUGCAAGGUGGGAUCGGUCGUGGCCGUGGGUUGGAUCCGCUCCAAGAAGGCGGUGGACUGGCGCCUCUUCAGGAACAUCUUCCUGGCGUGGUUCGUCACGGUGCCGGUGGCCGGCCUGUUCAGCGCCGCCGUCAUGGCCCUGUUCGUCUACGGCAUCCUGCCCUACGUCUGAGGGCGCACGGCCGGGAGGGAUAACACCGGAGGAAAGAAUCAGAGAGAGAGAGGGAGACUAAAAAAAUCAUAGCUGGAGUGUCAGGGGUACAGAGAAAAGAGGAAGAGGGCGAGAGGGAGAGAGAGAGAGAGAGAGAGAGAGGGAGGGAGCUGCAGAGGUUAACACAUGGACUUGGUUGUACUGUGGAUGUGAGGAGGGUUGGUUCACCUGCUUCCUGGCUCCAGAGUCCAGAGAUCUCUGCGACUCGUUUGAGUUUCUGAUCGCUUUUUAAUUUAUUCUCUUCUACGGGUGCAAGCUACCGUCGCGUCGGCCGAACCAUUCGAUCUGCUGUACAGAAGUUUUCCAGUAACUUUUAAUAGGAAUUAUUACAGGAAAUUAUAGUUACUGGGGAAGCGGUGUUCUCUUUCUGUCUCUUUCUUUAAAAACACUAGACUGCAAACGACUAAAAAUGAUCAAAACCAGCUCAUUCUGCACAACUGACAAACAUGCCCCCCCCCCCCCACGAGGUAGCUUAGGCAGUCAAGUUCUUACUAUUCCAAAACGCCAGGAAAAAAGAAAUCUGUACAUAUUGUUGUUAUUUGGAUGGAGUGUGAUUUAUUUGUAUUGCAGCUUGCUUUAAAAUUCAAAUUUAAAAAUGAAAUGAAAUGAAAAGAUGUGCGUGGUCAACCAACCCAUCCGUCAUCUCACUGUUAACACGCUCGCCAGGUACAACUGGGGCCAAACGGACAGGACGUCUCAGAGAGAGAGGGGGGGGGGGGACUGUCGCUCUGCUUUCUUAUUUUCCACCAUACCAUAGAAACCUGAUUUGCUACAGAGUUGAUUUUUUUUUUUUUGGUUAUGGUUCAAAAGCUCCUGUAUGGUUUUAGAGAUGGAUCUCGUAUUUUUUAAUGAUGUAUUAUACUGUAAUUUGAACUGUAAAUACUGUCCUUAAAAGAGUUUGGGGGCUGAAUUGGGGAUCAUGGUUUGUAUUUAAUGUGGUAGGGUGGGGGUUUGGGGGCUUUUCACCUCUUCAUGAUGUCAUAUUCAUCGUCGAGUAUGUUUCAUCCCAGACAGGCACAGUAGAGUACACACACACACACACUAACACACACACACACUCAUGAACACACACUUGACAGGCUGCUGUUUUUUUUUUCCCCCGUGGUUGGCGGAAGAGGGAUUUAAAUUUUAAAUGAAUCAAACCGAAUCCGUCCUCAAAGUGGAGAAAUGCCGUUUACGUUAGAUUUUUAUCUCAUCGGGUUAAUUCAUCCGUAUUGAGAGAAAGUUCUUUUUUUUUUUAAAAGCCCUUGAGAAAAGGUGUAGUUGGGUUUCAGAGGGCGGUCGCUCUGUGUCAGCAGCACCAAGCCAAAGGAAGCCAUGUGUCGCCAAUUUAAAGUAGAAUAAUAUAAAGGUCUAAGUGCAGCAGAAGCCAAAAUAUUAAAAUAUAACAAAAUGAGGCAAAUAUCAACUGAAAUGUUCACAUAUCUGAAUCCGUUUGCCUUUUGAUUUACAAAACAUGAAUAUCAGUUAAUGGAGUCCGAUCCUCACGUUGAAGGCUCCCUGCCAAGAUCUGUCCGUCAUGUGUCGUCCCCCCCCCCCCACGUCCCCCCCGAGCCUCAAAUCUGAGGUGCUCAAGAUGCCUCCAGACGUUAACGCCUUGCUGUGUCAUAUCGAACACACAUUCACACACACACACAAAAACAAGGCAAACUGUUGUAUUAGGUCUCAGCCAGUUAGACAGAGGGUUGAGGAAAACUGGGAUUCAACCCCAGCCACACCUGCAGCUCCUCCAAACGGGCCGGUGCUGUGUUAUAGAAGCGUAGACGCGUGGAGAAGAACCCUGUCACGAAAACAUCACACGACCUUUUGUCUGAGGAUCGUGAUGUUUGAAUAGGAUGGUACCGGGGGGGAGAGGGGGGGGGGGGGGUAGUACUGAUCAUCACCAGCUUUUUAAGAUGAACAAAGUCUAAAGCGUUUUUUUUUUUUUUUUUAUUAUUUGAACAAACUCGAUGCCAGGUGUUGCAAGUUCUUUUAGUUCUUGUGGUGUGUUUCCUAAUUUCAUUUUUUGUUUUUUUUGUUUUUCUCUGUCAUGAACAAAUCUAUGCUUAAGUAACCACUUGCCUUGUAACUUUGUGUUUUAACUUUGUGCAGAUACGGUCAAAAUAAUUAAGUACUGUGGUGUUUACAUCGUAACCAUAUUGUAGAGUAUCUGAAGAAGAAGAUAUAAAAAAAAAAAACUGUUGCCUAAUGAUGCCAAUGAAAGACAAACUAUUAACCAUGACCUUUUAAGUGCAAGUAAAAAAAAAAAAAAAAUAACCUGAAGUGUCUCGAGGGGAAGAGAGCAAAGAGCAAGUGUGCACACGAUGACCUGUUUUCCGUUCUUUGUGGUAGUAGUAGCGCUCGUCAUGAUCCCUGUCACUUUACACUGCUACUACAAUGUGUUAACACUACAUGUGUGGGUGCAAUUCAGUAAUGAACUAGAGAAAUUUCAUCAAGACUAUAUAUUUUUCUACCAUAUCUGAGUUUUAACCUGAGCGAGCUUCCAGACACUUUGGAGGACACACUGUGGGGUCGAUGGGGGAAUCCUCUGAACAGGGACUGGCUCACAGCUGGUGACAGAUGGUCUUAGUACAGGGUGCCACACACUCCCUCCGAGCCCGGUGUGUUCUUGUAACAUGUAGAUUUGACGUGUCGGUUGCCAGUAGAUCAGAUUUUAAAAUUACCAUUUUUAUUUUUGAAUUUUUAGAUGAAAAACGCUUUGUAAUUUUGUUUCCCUGUACCUGCUUGGAUCCGAGCUGCGGGAGCAGGACGGCUGCUCGCUGAAGGGCGAGAACUAUCGAAUCCGAAUCUGUGUAGCUGAGAAAUCUGAAACCGUGAAGGAAAACUGGACCGUGAGGACAUUUGUCUCCUUGUUUUGGCAGAUUAUGACUUUUGAAGCUCUUUACUAUGACAGGCCGUGUGUUUCAGAGGGGGCCGCACGGAGCGGGGGGGGGCCCACAUCGGAGCGUUUUGAAACAAUUUCACGAUGCACAAAUACGUGGUAUUAAAUGUGAGGAAGCUCACAAAGGCACAGAGCCAAGCUAUAUUUGAAGAACAAAUUUUAAAUGUAAAUUUCAAAUUGUGGAAAAUUUACCCCUGAUUAGAUUAAGAAAGCUCAUGGCCACAUUUAAUGAUCAGUAAGUUAAAAUUUCUAAAAUCCUACAUGACCCUCCAGGUUAGCUUCUGUUCCGCUAGAUGGUAACGACUAGCCUACAACUCCCAUGAGUCUUAGCAGUUGAACAUAUACUAGCAGCUGUUGUUCAAUUUUCAAAUGUCCAAAUGUAAUUUGAAAAGAAAACCCUCAGUAAACAUCUCUCAAUGUUUUUAUAAAACCACGUCUUCACCACGCUCCGCAGGUCUCCUCUGUAUCACCAUCAUCUUUUGUUCUUCCCUGCAUUCUCAGCCCUGAUAGGCCAAAAGGGAUGCACUGCCCAAGAUGGGGAGGGGAAAGUGAAACUCGCCCUCUGGUGGCAGCGUCAAGCGUCACCAAGUUGGCUUAAAAUUAAUUUCAAACAGGUUACUGUUUCUCACUUUGUCCAGCAGAGACAAAAACAUAAACACGUAAAUAUUUCACAAAAAAAACUAAGCGUGUGUUAGCUUGAUCGGAAAAUUGUUCACGGACACGAUGUUUUCAAGACCUUUAAAUACCUCGAUACAAUUUAGUUCGUACUGAAAAACUAAAAGUAAAUUUAACUUUAGGUCUGAAUUUGUGAUAUUUAAAAAAACAAUUGGUUUGACAUGCACACAGCCACUAGAUGGCGUAGUCUGACACUUUCCCUCCCCGUAAGCGAGGGACAGCAUUUUAGACCAGUUUCAACCGAUCAGUAUAAAUCAACCAGUGGUGUGGUGCGAUUGCCAUUGAGGGAGUUUCUGUGCUUCUUCUGCAUUUAUAACUGUUUUUCGUCAACUUUUCUUGUAGAGGAAAAAACUAGAGAAACAGAAUGUGCCAUUUUCUUUCUCCCUGAAUGUGCAAUACAAGCUCUUCUCUCGUGAAGGCGCAAAAUGACAUGGCUCUCGCUCUGUGGUCAUGUAGCUCCACCUGCUCCGGUGUAAUAGCGCCCCCUCCUGUUUGUGUGGAGCUAGCACCACCUGACGGAGGCGGAGGGCCGUCAGCUCAGACCUCCAUCUGGAUGUGGCUGUCUCUUCGUUUUCUGGUCUGUUGUGUAAUAGAAUGUGCUCCUUGGCUGGCCUGCAGGCUUUACAGCUCCGUGUUGUCUUUUUACUGUUUACUGCUGUUUAACUGUCCGGUCCUUCAAAAAGUACAAGAAAAAUAAUGAUAAUAAUAGAUGAAUAAAAAAAAAAAAAUCUAAAGAAACUGUAGCCUGCUUCUUCAAAAUCUUAAAGCUCUUCUGAUUUGCAUAUAUCGUACUGUAAUGUUUUAUUUAAGAUUUUAGUGAGAAAACGAUGUCUGCAUUUAAACUAAAUUAUGGGAAUUAAAAUUACAAAGAAAACCUAAA